AUGCAUGCAGAUCUCUUAAUUUCAAAAUAAUACAAUCUGUCGUCCCAACUCCGUGCAGCUCUUGCCGCCGAGUCUCCGCGAGCUCCAAGCUCUGUACAGCCUGGUUCAGUGCCUCCAGCUUCUGUGGAGACUCCGGCCAGUACAAAUGGGGACACCAAGGAAGAAGAUGAAUAUUACGGUCGGCCACCACUACCAGAAGUGCCAGAUCGUUGGGGUCCUCCUACGAUUCCUCUAAGCGUACUCAUUGAUCUCGCCGUUCAACACGUGUAUCACGAGCUCACGGUUCUUGCUGAAUUGAUGCAAAGGAGGACAGGCGAUCAAAAUGAUCAAGAAAAGAAAAUUUCAUUGGUCAAUUUCGCUCAUGCCACUAGAAUGCAAUUCGUCAAACUCGUAGCAUUAGUAAAAUGGUUUCGGAUCUCAAAAAGGAUUGAUAUGUGCUCGUCAAUAAAUUACUUAUUGGAUCUGCAAUCCCAGUGGUAUAUUGAAUCUGCCGAUCGGCUAGUGGCGAUGACAAGAGGGGAUCUUAUUUUGGCCCGUCUUCCUGAGUACCAUAUCGCCCCGGCAAUCGAUAUUCUUACUUUGGGUACAUAUACAAAGUUACCAUCAAAAAUCAAAGAAGCUUUUAUCCCUGAACCAAAAAUUACACCAAGAGAACAAGCAAUCAUUCUUGCACGUUUAAACCAAAUUGUUGAAUAUCGAUUAUCUCAAGAAACUCCUUAUAUGUCUCCAAGGAUUGAAGAAAUCAGUAUUAUGAACGGAAUGGCGAUUUUGACGGUUCCGGGAGAGUUCGAAAUUAAAUUGACAAUUAUGGGUGAACCUGCAAAAACCAAAUGGACCCUUCUGAAUAUCAAGAUUCUUGUGGAAGAUCAUGAAAUUGGAAAUGGUAUGCAACUUGUUCAUCCGCUUCAACUCAAUGAUCUUCAUGCGAUUCUUCAAACACGGAUGGCAAAGUCGCGAAGACCCAUCAACGAGGCUUUCUCUUUUUUGCACUCGUUUUGUGUAAGCCUCCAACUCGAUGUUCUAUAUUGCCAAUGCACUCGCUUAUGUUCAACAAGGCUCAGAGACAAUAUUGUGAUUGAACGGUACGAUGUGAAAGAAAGAAUUUUGGUAGUGGGAUAUUGGGUGACACGAUCAAGGGCGAAGAACGUCACACUUGGAGCCCCAAAAGCUGAAGCACAAUAUCGUUUCCAAAUUUAUGAAGAUAAAGAUGAUAAAGAAGCUGGCCUCAAAGUGAAACAUAUGCCUUACGCGCCGCAUUUGGGAACACUCGACUUCAGGACUGGUCGGUUGUCGAUUGAUCGAUUAUUAUCCGAUACUUUUGUUGUUCGUUGUCGAGAACGAUUAUUGCGUCUUCGUCGAAUUUUGGAAACUGCAGAUCCGACGUUGAAAAUCCGAUUGACUGGAUGCACGAUGCCGUCUUUAACAAUGUCUCUUCUCACAGAUGAUCGCGCAAAGUCGCAGGAAAAUCUCAUAAUUACAGUGAAUUCAUUCUGUGGAAAAGUCAUAUGCAACAUUCAAUUUCUAGGUGGGUCUGAUAAUGAGGAUGUACAUGAAUUCGCACAAGCCUUAUACAGCAAUGGGUCGAUGUCGGUAAUUCGGAAGCUGUUGCAUAGGAUAAAGAUCGCUAUUGUCAUCGAACGAUAUCGACGAGGACUUCACGGAUUGCCAUUAAGGGAGAAGAAGGAAGCUGAAAUGUCACCGUUUGUGAAAAAUCUAAAGAAUGUGUUCCCUGAACAUAAGAUAUAUCUUCAAUUUGUUCGCACCGAAAUCCACUAUUUGGUUUUAACGUUCGAUUUGCAUCCGACUGAAAUUGUUAAAACCAAAAUUCAUCUGCUGAAAAUUUCCGACGACAGUUCUCAACUUUUGAAAAUUGAAAACAUUCAGCAAUUGUAUGCAAAACCUGUGGAAGAAGCACUGAAAAAAGGAAGAAUGAAUCUAACCGAGAAAAGUAGUCGGAAAUCGGGGCCUUCUCGAGAUAGGGAAUUGUCGUGCGCGGUUGCAGCAAUCGAGGAUAGACUAGGAUACAUGUUCUUAGCUGAAGAAAUGGAAAAGAGGAAGUUCUGUGUUGAACUCCGAUCCGAUGAUAUGCACGUUCCUGGAGGAUUUGCCCUUCAUAUCACAGACGUUUCCAAAGUAUUCGCAAUGAAUUGUGAUGAAUUCUUCAAUUGCUGUGUGCGGUGCUGCAUUCGUGUCGAUAAUCGAAGCAAAGUCAAUUUCUUGUUCGAAAUGGUAUUCGAGGAAGUUCCAAUUGUUCGUGAUAUUCCAUUCGCUCCUUCUAACGACUUGUCGAUGAAGAAAAUCACGUGGGUUCAGGAAAUCGCGGCGACGAACACCCAUGUCUUGCGUCCGAACUCGGAAGUCAUCACCGAUUUGAUCAUCCAUCGUCUUCGCAGAUAUUUGCAUAUGUACAAAGUGUGCUAUCAAUUUUCAAUUGCCUAUCAAAAUUACUACCAUCAAUUCUGCAACAUUGAAGCUUAUACAUUCCACAAACUUGUUUUAUCAUACGGCAAAAACCGGGACCAUUUAUUGGUUCUUGCGUUCGAUCCUAAAGCAAUGUGCUCACCAACAUCUAAUGACGAUGUGUUCUUGCUCAACUUCGGAAAAACUGUUCCUAAUACUGAGUACAACUCGGUUACUGCAGAUUUCAGUAAGAAACCUACCUGGAAUCCGCAUACAUUAGUUUCUGCGUUCCUCAGACAAAGAUUAAAAGGAACUCACGAUUUGGUUUGGGUUGUCAACUACGUUAUUGAAACGAUUCGUCCGUUGCAUGCGCUUGGCAAAUUCUCGAGAAUCAGCUUCAAAACGCAGAAGAUCAAUGCACAACUUCUCCAAACGGAUGUAUACUUCCCAUUCAAAAUACAGUAUCAUAUAAGCGCCGCCGAUGAGACUACGAUCAAGUUUAUUGUCGGACAUGUCAUUCUUGAGUUCAAGUUGCUCAGUGAUGAAAAAAUCGCGGUUCGAGACGCAUCCCGAUAUCGUCCGCGAUGUCCAGGCUUAUUCCAGUUCUUCUACGAAAUAUCCGAAGGAAAAGCAAGUUUGAUUGAGGAAGAGGAACUACCAUGCGCGAAAGUGAUCCCACCGGGAAUAGCGAAACCGCCUGAUAGCGAAGAUAAUGAUCCGAAUAUGCUGACCACGACGUCGACGAUUCUCAUCGAUCACGACAUUCUGGACAAAGUAUGCGAGUUUCGGAAAGAAAACGGUGAAUUGACUGCUCCGCUUCACCAAUAUUUGAGUUCUCUGACAUAUAUUCAAGAGGCAAGAAUUGCUAUUGAGCAGUUGCUCCCAGGAGCGGUGCAGAGUUGUGUUGUUGGUAAUGCGACGUUGGGAACUGUCAAGUCAUUGGUGAUCAACGACUACAGCAUCACGUUACAAGCGUCGAUUAUCGAUGGUCAAACAAUAAAUAAUCCGCUGAACGUGAAUAUCAAAAUUUACGCUUGUCCGAAACUUCUUAAGCCGAAGAUUGACAUUCAAUAUGAUGAAGGCGCCAACCCCGAAUUUACACCUGAAGUUGAAGAAGCUUUCAAGCAAUACUUUGAAAAGUCCAUCGUGCGGUCUCGAAACGGCAUUGCACUGCUUGCGUUUAUUCUCAUGUGCCGCGUAACCGCCUACAAAAUAACAAAAACAUUCUACUAUUUGAUUAUGUCGGAAGCGGAAUUCCCGGAAAACUCGGACAUUCUUCUGUACAUGCAGCUCUCUUAUUUGACGCGAGAGAGUACACCGCAUAUGGGCCGAAAACAUGCAUCGGGAAUUCUGUUGGAUUCAUCCGGAGGCAUGCUCCAACUUGUGAUUGGAAUGAGAAAACCAAGACAGAGUGGACAAAUUUACCGACUACAGUACCUUCUAGCAACGAAUGUUUGUAAACUGCCACCGAAUCCGAAUGAAGAAGAUCUUAUGAAAUUGGCGGUGGAUGCGAAUAAUGAAUCGAAUGGAGAAUGUUCGCUGACGAAGUUGAUACAGUCCCUACUCGAAUAUUAUCGGUCGUACCCGAUUUCUCGAUCUCCUGUUCCUCCGAUCAUUCAGCCACCGUCAGUUGGACCAGCGGCUCAAGAACCCGUUCAAACCCAAUACCAACAAAUUCAGCAAUCUUUACAGCAGCAGAAUCAUCAACAACAGAUGCAACAACAUCAGUAUAUGAUGCAACAGCAGCAGCACCAACAGCAUAUGAGGAAUGUUGGACCACCUUCGCAUCAGAUGAUGAAUCCGCCGUCUGUCGGACCUGGAAGCGUGAAUCCGGCCAGCGUAGGGCCAGCGAGUGUCGGUUAUCCAGGAAGUGUCGGAUAUCCGGCGAGUGUGGGAGGUCAGAUGAUGAUGAAUCCGCAUCAGCUUCCCCAGUGA